AUGAGGCAAUUGCACGCUCUGGCGCUCUUGGGCACCGCUGCCAACAGCGGCCUCGUGGCUGCUGGCUCAGCCCCGAGAGGAGUUGGUCCCGAGUUCGCUAAAUUCUACGAGCUGAAGGAAACAUUCACAUGCAUCGGCCAUCCGUCCAUUGUCCUCCCAGUAUCAAGAGUGAACGACAACACCUGCGACUGCCCGGACGGCUCCGACGAGCCAGGCACGGCAGCCUGCGCCAACCUCGACCAUCUCUCACCCGCACAGCCCCUGCCCUCGUCGCUGUCGGGCUCGACAAACACCACCAAUGCCCUGCCGGGCUUCUGGUGCGCCAACGACGGCCACAUCGGCGCCUACGUCCCCUUCCUGUACGUCAACGAUGGCGUCUGCGACUACGACCUGUGCUGUGACGGCAGCGAGGAAUACAAGGGCGUUGGCGGCGUCAAGUGCCCCAACCGCUGUGCCGAGAUCGGCAAGGAGUGGCGCCGGGUCGACAAGGAGCGCAGGGAGAACCUCGAGAGGGCCAACAAGAAGCGCCGGACCAUGGCCAAGGAGUCCAAGGAGCUCCGCCGCCAGGUCGAGGCCAAGAUUUCCAAGCUGGCCGACGAGAUCAAGGAGCUCGAGGGCAGACGCGUCGAGCUGAAGAAGAAGUACGACGAGGUCGAGCGCAGCGAACGCGGCAAGGUCGUCAAGACCGAGGGCACCGGCAAGCUGGGCGUUCUGGUCGGGCUGGCCAAGUCAAGAGUAGGCGAGCUCCGCGAUGCUCUGAGCCUGCUCGUCGGCCAGAGAGACGAGCUCAAGGCCAAGUUGACCGAGCUGGAGGGGAUCCUGGCCGCUUUCAAGGAGGAGUACAAUCCCAACUUCAACGACGAGGGGGUCAAGAAGGCCGUCCGCGCCUGGGAGGACUAUGCUGCCAAGCUGGGCGAGUCCAAAGACGAGGUCAACGACGACGAUAUCAAGGAAGUGCUGAAGGAGGACAGCGAGUCGAGUGGCAUCAACUGGUCCGAAUACGAGGACGGCGAAGUCACCGACACCGACGUCCUCUAUAACCUGGAAGCCUACCUUCCGGGCCCGGUGCGGGACUUUGUGCACGACAAGCUCAACGUCGUGCGCGCCUGGCUGAUCGAGAACGGCAUCCUGGCCGACAACCCCUCCGGCAAGGGCGAGUCACGCCUCGUCACCAUGGCGCGCGAGGCCCUGCAGUCCGUCGAGUCGGACAUCAGCGGCAAGGAGCGCGAGGUCAAGGACAAGCAGGAGGACCUGGAGAAGGACUACGGGCAGGACGACAUCUUCCGGUACCUCAAGGACAAGUGCGUGAGCACCGACGCGGGCGAGUACACGUACGAGCUCUGCUGGCUGGGCAAGACGGCGCAGAAGUCCAAGAAGGGCGGGGGCUCGACCAGCAUGGGCAGCUUCGAGCGCAUCGACUUUGAGGAGAGCGACGAGGAGGCGCGCCACGACGGCAAGGGCCUCGGCCGCGGCCGCCGCAUGGUGCUGCGCUACGAGAACGGCCAGCACUGCUGGAACGGGCCCAACCGGCGCACCGACGUCUGGCUGGGCUGCGCCGAGGCCGAGGAGCUGUGGCGCGUCAGCGAGCAGGAGAAGUGCGUCUACAAGAUGGAGGUCGGCACCCCGGCCGCCUGCGAGGAGGCCGUGGAGCCCGGCGCCCGGUCGCGCGACGAGCUGUAG